UCUGAACUGAAUUCAGUCUCGCGUGCCUUUUUGUCUUUUUCCCCAACAAGCAACAAGCAACAAGCAAGCAAACGUUCGCUGCCUCUUCCUUCUGCUUCCACGCUCCACAGCCACAAGCCGCGUGUGCGAAGUGAUCAAUCUCUCCCCAUCCCACGCCACUCAACACUUUUAUUUCAUUCGUCUCUCCCUCCUCAAGCGGGAUCAGAUUGUGAUCGUGAAGGCUACCUUCUCCCAAACACACCAACAACAAUGGCUGACGAUGAUGUGAACCCCAAGGCGUACCCUCUCGCCGACGCUUCCCUCACCAACACCAUCCUCGAUGUUGUCAAGCAGGCCGCUGACUACAAGCAGCUGAAGAAGGGCGCCAACGAGGCGACCAAGACCCUGAACCGUGGUAUCUCCGAGUUUAUUGUCAUGGCUGCCGACACUGAGCCGCUCGAGAUUCUGCUGCACUUGCCCCUCCUCUGCGAGGACAAGAACGUCCCAUACGUCUUUGUGCGCUCCAAGCAAGCGCUUGGGCGUGCGUGCGGUGUUGCGCGGCCUGUGAUUGCGGCCAGCGUGAUGGUGAACGACAGCUCACAGCUCAAGGACCAGAUCCAGAGCAUCAAGCUCGCCAUCGAGAAGCUCCUCAUCUAAGGAGCGCGCUCACAUGGGUGUUGCGAGUGUGAUGGAUGGAUGGAUGGUGGAUAAAGGGGACGCAUGUGGUUGUCGUUUGUUGUUUUUUGUUUGUUGGUGAUGGGAGAUGGCAGAUGUGGUUGGUUGGUUGGUUGUUUGGUUGUUGUUUGCUGUGUUUGGAGGUCGUGGCUUUGCGUGUGCGCGUGUGCAUGCAUGUGGAUGCGCGUGUAUGCGUGUGUGUGUGCGUGUGCGUAUGUGCGUGAGCCUCUGUCGUUCCAACAACAACACAAAGGAAGAAAGGAAACGCCGAGUCAG